AUGGCGGAGAAGAAGAAAGUGUUACUGCACGUGUAUGACGUCACCAACAGCCCCGACCCGAACGUCAACAACACCGUGCUUCGCAUCAACGGCGUCGCGCGAAGCACGCUGGGGAUCGGAGGGAUCUUCCACGGCGCCGUCGAGGUGUUUGGCGAGGAAUGGUCCUUUGGGUAUUGUGAGCGCGGGUCAGGCGUGUUCAGCUGCCGCCCGAAAUGCAACCCUUACUACACGUACCGAGAGACAGUCGACAUGGGGGAGACGAAGCUGAGCGCGAAGCGAGCGGGGCAGAUCAUAGCUGAGAUGAGCGUGCAGUGGCCUGGCGAGUCGUAUGACAUGCUCGGGCGAAACUGUAACCACUUUUGCGACGAGCUGUGUGUGAAGCUGGGCGUCGGGCCCAUUCCAGCGUGGGUCAACCGGUUCGCUCGCACAGGAGAUUCUGCUGCCGAGCUGUAUGAUCAAGUGGGGCAGCAGCCGUUUGGAGCGAUCGUGGUGGUCGUCGUCGCAUGCUUCGCGCGUUCACAUCACAGCAAUCCCCCCAGCUGUCCUUCUCAGUUAGCGAUCCGUCUGCGCUUACUAUCGCGUACGGCUCGCGUCGAUACCAAUGGCGCCGCGCGGGUCCGUCGUCGCGUUUCAGAAGCGAUUCAAGCAGUCGUCUCAGCAGAUGCUGGAGCUCUUCUCAGAAGCAGCUCCGGAAACGUCCAGGAAGCCCCUUUUUCCUCCCUCCCGCAGUGGCAAUCUUCUGGGCAGCGGCCUCUCCCCCCAAGGCCGGAGAAGCCGCCCCGCUGCUCUCGGCUUUCCGAGUUUUUAGACGACUCAAAACACCUCUCUUCCACCCCCUCAUCCCUCGCCUGUUCUUUCCUCGGCAUUCCCCUUGCUUCUACAAACACCCCUCUCUCAGUGGCAAUUUUCUGGGCGGCUGCCUCUCCCCCAAAGGCAGCAGAAGCCGCUCCGCUGCUCUCAGAUUUCCACGACUCCUUUGUGGCCUCCAUGCUGCUGCUGCACGCCUGCAGUGCUGGCGCUGCUGCCACGUGGCAUGCUGCGAUUCGCUCGGCUGCGGAGGGUGUUGUGUCAGCCUCUGCUGCUCUGCUGGACACUGCACUGACCACAUCAAAUGCCACACAGCGAGCCCAGCUGCUCCCCAGGCAGGUGGGCAUGCUGCAGUCAGCAUAUGCAGCACUGAAGAAGCUUCCAGUAAGCAACGAGGCGGCUGUGGGUAGGGUGCUGGUUACUCUUGCUGCAUCAAUGAAAGACGUUGCCAGGGAGGUUGGGGAGAUGGUGGGAAGAGAAGGGGUUCAGAACGGUGCAGUGGGGGAGGAGAAAGGAGAGGAGAAAGGGGAUGUUGUGGGGGAGGAAAGAGCUGAGGAAGACCAAGGGGUUCAAGAAAUACUUGAGGAAAAGGAAGGGAAAGAGGAGGAGAAUCCUUCCAGUAAUGACAAGGAGGAGGGUGGUGAUGGUGGUGAUGGUGAUGAGGAUGAGGAGGAAGAGGAGGAUGAGGAGGAAGAGGAGGAUGAGGAGGAAGAGGAGGAUGAGGAGGAAGAGGAGGUGAGUUUGGGUGAGGAGGAGAGGGAGUUGGCACGGAGUGGUUUGCGUGUGGUUGAGGCAGCGGAACGGGUGAUUCGGUGCCUGAUCUACCUUGUGGCUGCUUGGCAGCAGCACCAGGAAUCCUGGGGACAGCAGCAGCAGCAGCAGCAGCAGCAGGAAGAGAAAUCACAGUCACAGGGAGUUGAGGGAAAACAACAGCAAGAGCAGAAGAAAAAGACUGCAAGUGAAGACGUGGAUGAGAUUGGUGCAUCUCUCUUCCCGCCUCAAGAGCCCGGCACCAUUCGCAUGCGCGCACGGCAGCUGCUGGGUCGAGCGAGAGAAUUGAAGUCACUGCUGCCGCUGCCGCUACCACCAGGAACAGAAACUGCUGAAAGAACUGCAGCAGUAGAUUCAGGGAGUGUGGGUGUUGCUGUUGCUGCCGAUGCUGCUGGUGAAGGGAAGGUGGGGAGUGGAGGCGAGAUGGGGAAGAAGGGUGCAGGGAAGGGGGGGAUGAGUGUGAGUAAGUUGCAUGAGGCGAUUGGGGAGAUGGAGAGGGAUAUAGCUGCACUGUUGCUUGUGGUGGGAGAGAGUAGUGAAGGUGAAGUGGCGGGGGAAGAGGGAGCGAAGGUGAUAACAGAUAGGAAGAGGGAUGAGCUGGUAGAUCCUACUGGUGUAGCUGUUACAAUAGUGAAAUGUAGUUUAGAUAGUCUCCAGCUGCUCGGCAUUAGUGUUCAGUUCACGGACUUCUUUUCUCUUCAAGAUCGACAUGCGCGCCAUGGCGUCGCGACACAACAACGCUUCCUUGAUCGCUCGGCGGUGACUGUUGCACAUCUCAGCCUGACCUUGACACACGAUGUUCUUGGAGGCUCGUUUCUGCUCGAACCUGACACAAGGUUCAAUUCUAGACCCAAGAUCUCUGCAUGGAACGCCAGAUGCUGCAACCGUGCAUUGGAGGAAUACGACAUUGAUGUGGACGGAAGUUUUUGCGGAGCCACAACUGAGGCAGCAUGCUGUGAAACGUGA